AUGGCCCCCGUGGAUCCCGGGGAGCUGGCCUCAUACGGGGUAAAAGCCCCAGCGGCCGGCUCAAGAUGCCAGCUGGAACUUUCGGAUGACCUCCAGAAUUCAGGUUACGAGAAUAACCCCCAUGACUCGGAUCCGCCUUUCUCGCCCUCCAUGCCCCAACACGAACUCCGCGCUCAUUAUGGCGAUCAGCCUUUAAACCCGCGCCCACGAAGCCCCCGCGGUCUUGGAGACUUCAGAUCGUUGUGGGCUACUCUUCUCCAACGCGCGUCCCCUUUUCGACCCGCAGCACCGGACUCUACGGCUAACCUGCCGGUAUCAUCGAGUGACCGUCGAUUCUCCGUUCGACCUUCCUCCCCAAUCACAAUCAUCAAGCGCCCUGCGCAACAUAGCGCGAUUGGCACCGCUGCUCACGCCGAGUCAAUCCAUUUCAAGGAACCUUCCGACGUCUCUGGCCAAACUCUCAUCUUUACGAGACUUCGUCCCAUUGAAUCCCGGGGUCACGACCUUUCAAUGUCAAAUGCGUACAGAGAACCCACUCUUGCUGAAGGUACUAGUGAUACCGAGGCGGACUUGGGUUCAGAUACCGCCGUCUUUGAUCGUCCUGUAUCCCGUCCGAUUCCCCGGAGGCCUCGCCACCUCGCGUUUGUACCAGCUCAGCUGGGCAUGAUCGACGCUUCGGACGAUCAUGGUUAUGAGACGCCUCCCUCAUCCAUUGAUGAAAGGGAGCCAGCGCGUGCUACCAACGGAAUUGAUACGAAAGUGGUAAUGACCGCGACGGGUCUAGUCAUUCGACCAGUCUACAGAAACAAAAGAGAACGAAAUCUUGCACUUGAACGCAAGCUCAUUGUGCAUUUUCCUGAGAUUUCCUGCCGUUUGCCGUAUGCCUCGCUCGAGAAGCCUUGGGAAGUUUGUAUUCACGUCUUCGUCGACUUCUCAAAUAUCUGGGUCGGUCUGAAGGAUACAAUCAAGGCACAGCGGAGUAUUUCUCCUCGUACAAAAAUCAACCGAGUCAACCUGUCGUUCGCCAACCUUUCGCGGAUCUUGGAACGAGGACGUCUCGUCGCGAAGAGGGUUUUGGCAGGUUCAGAUACAUUGCCUUCGGUUGACGAGGCCAAAACUCUCGGCUAUGAAGUCAACAUUCUAGAUCGUGUGCGCAAGAAGCCCAUCAACCGUCGGCAUAAUAACUACAAAGGACCUGUUGAGCAAGGGGUUGACGAAAUUCUGCUACUAAAAAUGGUUGAAAGUGUGGUGGAUAACCAUCCAGGUACUAUCGUGUUGGCUACGGGAGAUGGAGAGAAAGGCGAAUACUCUGGAGGCUUCAUAUCCGGUGUCAAUCGUGCACUGGAACGCGGCUGGAAAGUUGAGCUGGUCAGCUUUUCUGUGGCCAUCAACCACAGAUAUCGGAAAUUGAGUUUCCGAUCGAACCGUGUCCGGUUGAUUGAACUGGACCCUUUCGCGGAGGAACUUCUUGGUGAUGAAAUUUUCGAUAAAUGCUGA